AAAUUCAGUUUAGGGUUUGAAAUACUUAGCUUAAUUUUUAUCUGACCUUCACUGGGCCUUUGAGCUGCCCAGGGCUCCCCAUUUACAGCCUGUAUCUCAACGAAGAUGCAGUUUGAAGCUGCGCCAUAGACUGCCUGAGCUGGCCUCCACCGUGCGUGGGUGCUCACUCUGACCGGGGGCUUCUCGAGGGGAGCGUGGAGGCAGAGGCGUCUGAGUGGAAGAGGCUUUUUGAACCCUAUGGUCCAGGACCCACACGCUUUUAUCGCCCAGGGACUGGUGAUGCCUUCCAGAUCGUACAGCGUUUCCCGGGCCCUCCACCAGGCCCGGCACACCCUGCGCCAGCCGUGUGCAUGGAUGGGGGCUACAGAUGAGAGGAGGGUGACACCAGCACGUUGAGGUGACGCUCGAGCCACAGCUGGCACGUGCAGAGUUGGGGCGUGAGCCCACCGUCCGGCCCCUAGGCGCCUGCACUGCGACCUGCCAGCUGACACGAGUUCUGUGUGACUCACAAGUUGUCUGUUGAGAGAGCAGAUGCUGAACUGUGAGGGUUCACGUUUCAAUCAGAAAUUCCAGAAGCUCUUGAAAACUGGGAGGAUCUGGCAAUGUCAGUCAUGAAUCUCCUGAUUACAGGUGUUCAAGGUGGAAGCCAGCUCUGCCCUUGCUGGCCGUGCGCUCUCCAGCUUGACCUUGACAUGGAGGUUAGAGGUCGUCAGUGUCACUUGGUGCUGCGCUGUCUGUGGUGGUAGAGAAUAUUUCUCUGUACUCGUGAUUUUCUUCUGUUUCAGAACGGGAAAACAGAUCAGGCCGAGGAGGUGGAGCGAGUCAGGGAGGGCAGAGUGCACUCUGGAGGGGAGGACCCUCCCACCGCUUGUCCUCAAGCCUUGGAGGCAGUGGGUGGAGCCCCCUUCCCUUCUCAGGUCCCCAGUCUCCUCACAGUCCUCCUGGACUCGAGGCACAUACUAAAUAGCUUACGGUUUCCCAUUUUCUUCCCACAAACAAACUGUGGGGUAGGCAUGUUGAUUGCAUUCAUAUAUAGGGCUCUGAGGCUCAGAGAGCUGGUGAUGGGCUAGGAGGUGACACGGCUGGUAGGUGGCUACGCUUGCAUUUGGGCUUGUUCCUCUGGUUUCAGAGUGGAGGCUCGUAGACAUGUUUGGCACAGAAUGCAGUGGAGCCCCUGACUGACCCUUGCUGGCUGACGGGACCGCGUCCUGUGCCUGUGCACCCUGGGCUCCGGAGAGUGGGGGCUCGGGUCUGUCCUCACCCCCACUCGCCCAGGGGGCCCGUGUGCAUCCAUCCCCCCACUCGCCCAGGGGGCCUGUGUCCAUCUGUCCCCCAACUCACUUAGGGGGCCCAUGUCUAUCUGUCCCCUGCCUCACCCAGGGGGCUCGUGUCUGUCCUUCCCCCGACUCGCUCAGGGGGCCCGUGUCCUUCUGUCCCCUGACUCACCUGUCUGUCCAUCUCCAACUCACCCAGGAGGCCCGUGUCCAUCCGUCCCGUGACUUGCCCAGGGGGUCCGUGACCAUCCAUCCCCGACUUGCCCAGGGGACCCGUGUCCGUCUGUCCCCCAGCUCACCUGGGGGCCUGGAUCUGUCCAUCACCGACUUGCUCAGGGGUCUCAUGUCCGUCCAUCCCCCGACUCACUCAGGGGACCAUGUCCAUCCAUCCCCUGACUCACCUCUGUCUGUCCAUCCAUCCCCCCAACUUGCCCAGGGGGCUCAAGUCUGUCCAUCCACCAACUCAACCAGCUCCCAGGGUCCUGGCUCGGGACAGCCACUGAGCACCCCCUGAUGAGUGAGUGAGUGGAUGAAUGGACCAAUGAAUGCCCAGACUGUGUCCAUGGAGUGGGCACUGUCGGAGAACAGGUGGCAAACUCACUGCGUUCUUGAAGAAUGUGUAUGGCACCGUGUUCAGCAAGAGAAGGGCAGGGUCCAGAAGUGGGAAGCAGCCCCAGCCUCGCUCAGGGGCAUGUGGCAAGGCUGUGGCCAUGGCCGUAGGGGGUGUUCUCCGUGGAGAACUGGAGUCAUGUGAACUGGCCGGGGUGAAAGUCUCCUGCCUCGGGAAGCUGGCGAAAGGCGGGCGUGGCGUCUGUGAGGGUCAGCGACCUUUCCUUUGUCCCUCAGGUGUCGGCCUCGGUGUGUGUGUCGGGUUCUUUGCUGGUGCGCUGAGACUUCCCUUAGAUGCAGCCGAGUGUUUUACGAAGCAGCAGUUUUCCUGCUCCUCUCGUGUGAGCCUUCUCAGACAGACAGGGCAAGAGGCAGGAGCACAUCUCGUUCCGCCUCCCAUGCCUCCAGCCUUGCUGCUCCUUCGCCAGGUGUGCCAGGUGUGCCCUUGGGGUGUUCCCCUCCUCGGUCGGCACGCAGCAGCAUGGGUGGUGGUUGUCGCCUCCUGCUCAGACGGUGCACAGGUAGAUAGCACCAGUAGAGACACGUCCAGAUGCACGCUACCUCCCCCCAACCCCCACGUGGCUCCAGCAAUGAGGAUGUGGAACGCCCUUGGAGCUGGAGGUGCAGAGGUGGGGCCCAGCCCCCGAGCGGGGGGUCUGCCCCCCUUGGGAGGUCAGCUCCAGCAGUCGCCCUGGGCGCCCCUGCAGGGUCCUCCAUCCUCUGGGUCCCCAAACCAGACUGUCAGCUUCAGCCUCACACCCUCUGUCCCUGGAGGAUGGGUUCACUCGAGCUUGUGUGAGGGACACGGGCUCUGGGAAGGAGGAGGAGGAGCUGGGACCGGGAGCCAGUGCCCCACACCACUCAGACUCGUCUCUAGUCUAAGAGUGGAGAUUUCAACUCUCCUAAAAGGAAAUAAACGUAAGCGAUGCCCGGGCGUCCGUGAGUGCAUCCGGAUGCUGUCAGUGCACCUCCGUCAGUGCUGGAGUUCCUUCUCUCUUCUCUAAUGAGAGAACUUCUUCAUUCGAUAUUUCUCUCUUUAAAUGUCUCCCCUUUUUUCAGUAACUAAAACAUACUGUGGUACAUAUCGUCUUGCCUAGUCGUGUGUAGGAUACAGUCGUGUGAAAAACUCAGAAAUCUCCACUUUCUUUCUUCCAGCGACUCGGAAUUCAGAGUGUUCUUGAACGGGCUCCAGCAUAUGUGGGGCCUGGUUCUCUUCCCCCAGCGAGGCCUGAGCGCCUGCCCUGGAGGAAAAAGAAACCACACCCUUCCUUCCCAGGCCUCUGCCAAGAGCCGCAGCGCACAGGCGCCUGGCCUCCUGGGGACACAGUGCUGCGCACAGCACCGGGGGCACAGCGCUCCGCCACUUUCUACCCACCACUUGAAUUCAUUCCUUUCUCGCUGCGGGUGUUUUCCUUUCACGGUUGUGUCAUUGGACAUCUGCAGUCUCAGGGUUAUACUCCGUUCCACGGGAAGCCUUGGUGUCUGGACUGCAUGUCUGUGUCCCCCCAGAUGCACAAGUUGAAUCUAACCCUCUGUGUGGUGGUGUUAGGAGGUGGGGCCACUGGGAGGUGAGCGGGUCAUGAGGGUGGAGGCCCCGUGAUGGGAGUAGCGUCCUAAAGAAGAGACAGGAGGGCUUCCUGCCUCUCUCCGUCCCUCGUCCCUCUGUCUCUCCUUGUCUCCCUCCCUCCAUCCCGCCCUCUCCUGAGUUGAGGCUACAAGGAGAAGACGGCCGUGGACAAACCAGAAAGUGGCCUCACCAGACAGCAGCAUCUGCCGGGACCUUGAUCUUGGACGCCAGCCGCCCGGUUACGGACCUUCCUCUUGGGCUCACAUGAACAGAGAGCAGCAGCCCUCAAGAGCACACGAACCUUCAGCUCCUUUACCUGCUUCACCAACGCUGAAUCCUCCCUUUGUCUCAGUAACAUCCAUGCGUCUUCGUGCUGCCUGUCAGAUGGCGAGACUUGCGUUUGCAGCGCUUCCCCGGCCCAAGCUCUGGCCGAGCUGUGCCUCAAUUCCCGUAGCUGAGGAGUCCUGUUGGCCACGCUGUGGCCGUGUGAGCCAGGUGACGCUGCCGUCACCUCCCUUCCUGAACACCCCUCUCCCCACUGCAGUUCACAGGAGUGCUCUGCUCUCUCCCUGGAAGGAACAGAUGAGCCUCCUGUGGCCCUAUCACUCCUCCGACCCGAGUCCCCACAGGAGGGUAGAGCUCUCCCCGGCUCCUUCCAAGACCCGAGCCAGUCGCCAUGCCUCACUUCUUGUGAGAGCCGUCCUCCAGGCCCUGGGGCCAGUCCUCCCAGCUCCUGAGGGCUGGUCCUCCGGGCUCCUUAGGGCUCCAGGUGGGGCUAUGCCCUCUCUCCUGGGUGUGCAGAGGUCUGGGGCUCCCAUGGAGUAUUUGAUACUGUCUACAACCCGCCCGUCUUCAGCCUCACUGCCCCUCUCGGAGGUGCCGGGGCCUCUUGCCCUGGAGCCGUGGGGCGUCCCCUGGGCUGAGCUUCCCCCGCCCUUCCCUGCGGGUCCUCUGGCGCUCCUCAGUAGAUCUGCCUGUCCGCGUGCUUCCCAGCUCCCAGACUUUGCUCUUGCCUUCCUUCCACUCUGGAGAAUUUAUCCUCUGUCCCCACUUUAAAAGAACAAAUCAUUUAUCUGAGUUUUAAGGGGAAGUGGAAGUAAAUUGCUGUUCAGUCUUCCAUAUUUAACCAGAACUCCUUGAAUCCUCUGUUAGUGUUCCUGCUAUAUUUUAUCCUAUUAAUAAAAAUUGACAUCGCAACUCCAACAUUUGAUGUUCUUGUCACAGAUAACUGUGACGGCUUCACUAAGAAGUUACCUAGCUAUUCCGAGCAGUGCCUGUAUUUACAACCCCAGUGUUUCAAUAAAAUGCGAUUUCUUAGGAGCUUCUCAUAUCUUCUUAUAAAAUAUGAUUGACGGACUUCUGAGGGAACUUCUGCC